UUUCAUUCAAUUAAUUGAUAGCCAACAAUUAAUGAUUAGUGAUUUUUUAAUAUCUUAUUUGAUGUGAGUUUUAAGUCGAAUAUUGUUACAUUUAAUGUAACUCUGUAACAUUCAGAUGAUACCGUGCGAGUAGUAAAUAAAUGUAAUAUUAAGAUUUUGAAAUGGUCACACUAUUAUCAUUAGAAUUCAUAUUUAAUGAUUUACUGGAUAUAUUGAAACAUAUUAUCUUACGUAGCAACGUCAGCUACAAAAUAUCAUAUAUUUGGACGUAAUGACUCUGAUGCACGUCAUUGAUGUAAAAGAUUAUCUUUGAUGAUGUGAUAAAAUAAAACUAUAAAGCCUAUUGGCCGUCUAUCGACAUUAUUAGAGCUCACUCAACGUUCAACUGAGCACGGUCGAUUCAAUUGCGGUUCAACAAUAUAUUUUAUUUUUAAAAUUCUUCUUCAUUACUAAAAAAAUAAUAAAAUGAAUUUUUUAUACAUAUCGAGUUUUACAAUAUGGAUGUUUAUAAUUAUUAUAAACUUAAAUGUUUCAUCGGUAAUAUCAAAAUUAGUUCCAAUUCAGAAUAAUGAUCCAAGCGAAUGGCGUGAAUAUGGAGCGAACGCCAAUAUCGCUCAAUUCAAUAAUUUGUAUGCAAUAACUAUCAAUGAAGAGUUGUUGCGCAGUGAUAAAUAUUGUUCUGGCGAAUGUAAUUCAAUUGACUCACAAGGUGUAAAGAAUGCACAAAAUUUACCUUAUCCAAACCAAUGUUCUGGAUCACUUCGCUAUUGCUGGCUCGAAAGAGAAACUGAAGAACGAAAAAAAGUAAAAGCGAACUACGACAAAUCAUAUACUCGUGAGUUUGCUCCUGACUAUAGUCUUUCUUAUGAGUGGGUAGAAACCGAUGAUACACGUUAUUAUCGCAAUUUACUACAACACACUGGUAAUAUUUGCAAGUGCUUAUGUGAACGAAAUGAUAAUUCAAAUUCAAAAAAUUAUCGUGGUAAUUUACUUCAUUCAAUUUGCUUCGAUCCUGUUUCAGUUGAUGAUGGAUAUGUUGCAACUGGCGCUAGAUUUAAAAGACACGGUAACGUUAUAUUCCUUGAACUUCAACAAGGAAUAUUAUCACUAGGAAAAAUUGAUCCAAUAACUCUCAAGUGGACGACUUCAAAUAAUUGUAACUUAAAAAAAAAAGUUAUUGGUAAUUUCCGAAACAAUGGUAAUUACGAUGGUUUAGAAAUCAUUCUAAACGAUCUUACUUUAUCAGAGAAUGCAGUUGUUACAGGUGUUACGUUAGGUGAUUCAUUGCGUGGACGGUACGUCGAUGAGAAUGGAAAUAUUGAUGAAAAUGAAUCCGAAAUUACACAAAAAAGUCAAUGCCAUGGAAGUGCUAUCGACAUGGUACAUCGCGAUUCAGAUCUUCUGCCGUCUACAAGUUUAAUAGGAAAAAAUUAUGAACGCAGUGAACCAUGCGAUUAUAAGAUACUUUUUGGCGGAACUAAGGAAAGUUCUGAUAACAUACAACAUGUUGUUCCAUUUGUCGAUUUACAGGAGAUCGUCACCGAUAAAAAUUCACCUAAACCAAUUCACGGAAUCGGUUGGUAUUAUCGGGGUUAUCCUAGUUAUGGAGGAUUUCUGGCUCUUAAAAUUUUCACAAAAAAAUAAUAAUUUUUUUAUAUUAAGAUGAAUUCCAACGUUUUAUCUAUUCAGAAUUAUUUAGUGUAUAAAAAAUUGUAUUAUUUGUAAAAUUAA